UAGUUAAAUGAGCUUCCAUACAUAAGUUCGUCUCCCUCGUCGUCCUCGUACACCAAACUCGAUCCGUGCACAAGAAGAAAUCACACGCACGUACAGCUCGAUCCGGCCAGUCCGGGACGGCGAAAUGGGGCGUACCAACAGGCCGGCCCUCGCACUGGCGUGCCUGCUCGCCCUGCUGCUAGUGCAGCUGCCUCGAGGAGCCCGUGCAGCUGGGGAUCUGUGCGGCAAGGUGAAGUGCGGCAUGGGGAGCUGCGGCGAGUCCGGCGACUACAUGUUCGGGUUCGCGUGCCGCUGCAAUCCUGGCUGGAGCCGGUACCAUCUCGGCGACGUGGACUUCCCCUUCCUCCCCUGCGUCAUGCCAAACUGCACCAUCAACUACUCGUGCCAGGACGGGUCGUCUCCUCCGGCUCCGGCACCGCCGCCGCCAGCAGCGCCACCGCUGACAAACCUCUCAGUCUACGACCCCUGCUUGAUGCAGUACUGCGGGGGCGGCACCUGCGAGAAGGUGGAGUCCUCGGCGUUCGCGCACAGGUGCGCCUGCCCCGACGGCUUCAGGAACCUCCUCGACGACGACGCCUACCCCUGCUACCGCCAGUGUUCUCUGGGAUCAGGCUGCUCCGACCUCGGGAUCGGCAUACUCAACGGCUCCGACCCGAGCACGUCACCGCCAGCACCCGUCUCCUUCACCGUCCAGAAGGGCGGCGCUGCAGGCGGUUUAGCACCACCGGCGCACUGGCUGCUGGGGCUCCUGAUAGUGAUUUCCUUCUUCUGGGUCCAGAGUCCAAACUGUUUUGUGAAUUAGUGAUUUUAAACCAAGGGUGUGGCGUUUGAUUGGUUGGGAACCAUACGGUCCCAAUUUCCCUAUAGGAUCAGAGUAUACAUUUGGUGUCGGUGGUUGCAGAAAUAAAACCCAACAUGGCAGAAUAGCGCGUCAACAGAAUUGUUACUACUUGAUGUCCAUUAGACCCGAUGAUUAGGACUAAAGGUGAUGAGAUAUAUCUGCACGCCUCGUACAGUCGUACUCCGUGGUUGACUUUGUUAUGUAUUUUACUUAAUAAUUG